AUGCCCAGGCAAUUGGCUUUGUACGCCUGCGAGCGAUGUAGGGACCGCUUUCGCUCUCGCACGACAUUGUUUACUCACAAGCGUUGGAAGGAAGCCUGCAUCAUCCGUGCUUCACGCUUUAUAAGGUCAACACCUGGCCAUGGCGCGACUGCUGGCGGUGCGGGCGACGAGGCCGACCCUGCGCAGCUCACCGACGAUGAGAUGCCCGAGCUUAACUCAGACGACGAGGUGGAUUUGCAUGAUGGUGCUACGGCACAGGGGCGCCAAGAUGAGGAAUUUGGCGACAAGGACGAGGAGACAGACGAGGAGGAACUCGCAUCAUCGGACGAGGAAGGGGAUGCCGCUGUGCUUCUGGAUGGUAUUGAAAGUGCGCCCGAGGGCACGUUUCGCCCAGAGGAGAAUUUCGACACCCUGAUGGAGGUUUUCCGUAACCUGGCAGCCGAGGACCCGUUCGGGGUGGAUCGCUUCUUCCUACCCUUGCUAUUCUCCUACGUGGCCGACUACCCAGAGACCUGCAAGGUCUCAUGCAUGCAGCAACUCGGCUCUGCGAUGCCGUGCUCCCUCUGCUACGUGGGGCGUGGUGAUCUUCGCGACAUGGACCGCGAACCGGCCAAGCACCGCAUGGUGGAACAGCAGAAAGAUCUGACACUUGCCUCAUCACAGCUUGCGCCGUUCGCGCUCGAGGGCGAGGGGGAGAUCGUGUCCAGGCUGGUGCUGGUCACGAUGCUCCAACGGCACGAGUCCGGCGUGCCAUCGCAACGGGCACCCCUGACGCUUGCGCGGAGGUCCCUCACUGCACGGCCCGACCACGAGAGCAACGCGGCCUCUGUCUUUGAGGAGAUCGACAUGGCCGUGGGGGGGCUCCUGUACUUCUACGACACUGUGAUGCGCAACGCCGGCCUGCGGCCGUUCCCGGCAUGGGUAUGCGCCUAA